UGGAUUGAAAGAUGUCUCAAUGAAAGUGAAAACAAACGGUAUUCCAGUCACACCUCUCUGGGGAAUGUUUCUAAUGAUGAAAAUGAGGAAAAAGAAAAUAACAGAGCAUCCAAACCACACUCUACUCCAGCUACUCUGCAAUGGCUGGAGGAGAACUAUGAGAUUGCAGAAGGCGUUUGCAUUCCUCGAAGUGCUCUCUACAUGCACUAUUUGGACUUCUGUGAGAAAAACGACACGCAGCCUGUUAACGCUGCCAGCUUUGGGAAGAUAAUAAGACAACAAUUUCCACAGUUAACAACAAGAAGACUCGGAACCAGAGGCCAGUCAAAGUACCAUUACUAUGGCAUUGCAGUGAAAGAGAGCUCUCAGUAUUAUGACGUAAUGUAUUCUAAGAAAGGAGCAGCCUGGGUCAAUGAAACAGGAAAAAAAGAAGUAACCAAACAGACAGUGGCGUAUUCACCACGAUCCAAACUUGGAACGUUACUGCCAGAGUUUCCAAAUGUCAAAGAUCUAAAUCUGCCAGCCAGUCUGCCAGAGGAGAAGGUUUCUACCUUUAUUAUGAUGUACAGAACUCACUGUCAGAGGAUACUAGACACUGUAAUAAGAGCCAACUUUGAUGAGGUUCAAAGUUUUCUUCUGCACUUUUGGCAAGGGAUGCCGCCUCACAUGCUUCCUGUAUUGGGUUCUUCCACUGUAGUAAAUAUAGUUGGGGUUUGUGAUUCAAUAUUGUACAAAGCUAUUUCUGGAGUUUUGAUGCCAACAGUACUGCAAGCAUUACCUGACAGCUUGACUCAGGUGAUCCGAAAGUUUGCAAAACAGCUGGAUGAGUGGUUAAAAGUAGCUCUCUAUGACCUGCCAGAAAACCUCCGAAAUAUCAAGUUUGAGUUGUCCAGAAGGUUUUCACAAAUUCUCCGGCGGCAGACCUCAUUAAAUCAUCUCUGCCAGGCAUCAAGAACGGUGAUCCACAGUGCAGACAUUACCUUUCAAAUGCUGGAGGACUGGAGGAAUGUGGAUCUGAACAGCAUUACCAAACAAACUCUGUAUACCAUGGAGGAUUCGCGUGAGGAGCACAGAAAGCUCAUCAUACAAUUGUAUCAGGAAUUUGAUCAUCUUUUGGAGGAGCAGUCACCCAUUGAGUCCUACAUUGAGUGGCUGGAUUCCAUGGUGGACAGAUGCGUUGUGAAGGUAGCUGCCAAGAGACAAGGUUCUUUGAAGAAAGUGGCUCAACAGUUCCUCUUGAUGUGGUCCUGCUUUGGCACACGAGUGAUUCGGGACAUGACUUUGCACAGUGCACCCAGCUUUGGGUCUUUUCACCUUAUUCACUUGAUGUUUGAUGACUACGUAUUAUACCUGUUAGAAUCACUGCAUUGUCAGGAGAGAGCUAAUGAGUUAAUGAGGGCAAUGAAAGGAGAAGGAAGCACAGCAGAAAUACAAGAAGAAAUUAUAUUGACAGAACCUGCUCCUCCAACUCCCUCCCCAGUGCCAUUCUCUCCAGCUAAAUCUGCCACCUUGGUGGAAGUGCCGUCUGCACCCUCACCUGUGAGCAGUCAAUCCCCAGAGUACGCUAGCAUAGCAACUACAACAGCUAUGCAGUCCUAUACAUGGUCACUCACGUACACUGUGACAACAGCUGCUGGGUCACCUGCUGAAAACUCGCAACAGCUGCCCUGCAUGAGAAGUCCUCAUGUGCCUUCUUCAUCUGUCACACACAGGAUACCUGUUUACCCCCACAGAGAGGAACACGGGUACACAGGAAGCUACAACUAUGGUAGCUAUAGCAACCAGCACCCUUAUCCAAUGCAGAGUCAAUAUCCAUCUCUAUCACAUGACACUACUAUUUCUGGACCACUUCAUUACUCAGCUUAUCACAGAAGCUCUUCACAGUACCCUUUUAACAGCCCGACAUCCAGGAUGGAGCCCUGUUUGAUGAGCAGUACCCCAAGACUGCAUCCAGCCCCUGUAACUCCUCGCUGGCCGGAAGUCCCAUCAGCAAACACGUGCUACACAAGUCCAUCCAUGCACUCCACAAGAUAUGGAAACUCUAGUGACAUGUACACGCCCUUGACAACACGCAGGAAUUCUGAAUAUGAGCACAUGCAACACUUUCCCGGCUUUGCCUACAUCAAUGGAGAAGCCACCACAGGAUGGGCUAAGUGA